AUGGGCGCGGGGGCGCUCGCCCUGGGCGCCUCCGAGCCCUGCAACCUGUCAACCGCCGCGCCGCUCCCCGACGGCGCGGCCACGGCGGCGCGGCUGCUAGUGCCCGCGUUGCCGCCCGCCUCGCUGCUGACCCCCGCCAGCGAGGGAUCCGCGCCGCUGUCGCAGCAGUGGACGGCCGGCAUGGGCCUGCUGAUGGCGCUCAUCGUGCUGCUCAUCGUGGCGGGCAACGUGCUCGUGAUCGUGUCCAUCGCCAAGACGCCGCGGCUGCAGACGCUCACCAACCUCUUCAUCAUGUCCCUGGCCAGCGCUGACCUGGUCAUGGGGCUGCUGGUGGUGCCGUUCGGGGCCACCAUCGUGGUGUGGGGCCGCUGGGAGUACGGCUCCUUCUUCUGCGAGCUCUGGACCUCGGUGGACGUGCUGUGCGUGACGGCCAGCAUCGAGACCUUGUGUGUCAUCGCCCUGGACCGCUAUCUCGCCAUCACAUCGCCCUUCCGCUACCAGAGCCUGCUGACCCGCGCGCGGGCGCGGGCCCUCGUGUGCACCGUGUGGGCCAUCUCGGCCCUGGUGUCCUUCCUGCCCAUCCUCAUGCACUGGUGGCGGGCUGAGGGCGACGAGGCGCGCCGCUGCUACAACGACCCCAAGUGCUGCGAUUUCGUCACCAACCGGGCCUACGCCAUAGCCUCGUCCGUCGUCUCCUUCUACGUGCCCCUGUGCAUCAUGGCCUUCGUGUACUUGCGGGUGUUCCGCGAGGCCCAGAAGCAGGUGAAGAAGAUCGACAGCUGCGAGCGCCGCUUCCUCAGCGGCCCCACGCGGCCGCCCUCGCCCUCGCCCGCGUCCUCGCCCGCGCCCCCGCUCCCGACCGCCGCCGCCUCCCCGGUGGCCAACGGGCGCGCCAGCAAGCGGCGCCCCUCGCGCCUCGUGGCCCUUCGCGAGCAGAAGGCGCUCAAGACACUGGGCAUCAUCAUGGGCGUGUUCACGCUCUGCUGGCUGCCCUUCUUCCUGGCAAACGUGGUGAAGGCUUUCCACCGCGACCUGGUGCCCGACAGCCUCUUCGUCUUCUUCAACUGGCUGGGCUACGCCAACUCGGCCUUCAACCCCAUCAUCUACUGCCGCAGCCCCGACUUCCGCAAGGCCUUCCAGCGCCUGCUCUGCUGCGCGCGCCGGGCCGCCCGCGGGAGCCACGCGGCCGCCGGGGACCCGCCGCGCGCCUCGGGCUGCCUGGCGGUGGCCCGGCCGUCGCCGUCGCCCGGGGCCGCCUCAGACGACGACGACGACGACGUCGACGUCGGGACCUCGCCACCCGCGCGCCUGCUGGAGCCCUGGGCCGACUACAACGGUGGGGCGGCGGGCGACAGCGACUCGAGCCCGGACGAGCCGAGCCGCCCGGGCUGUGCCUCGGAAUCCAAGGUGUAG